AAGCGUCAGGUGAUACUUAAGCUCAGGUGUUAAAGGGUUAAGGACCACAAAACCUGGUUUCCUGGAGGAGAAAAUAUUCUCACCUCGUUCCUGUUAUCCAGGGAUAACCCCAUGUCUGAUGUUUACGGUGCCAACCUCUACGAUCAGUACCUUCAGGCCCACCGCCACGCCAAAGCUGCAAACGCCCAGACUCCGACAGAAGUGGGCGGAGCUGUGGAUGGGUCAGAGGUGGAGCUCCCUGAGGGCUGCAGCUCCAUCCUGGUCUGCACAGGAGUGUACAGCAGAGACCAGCAGGAGGCGCCCUCCGACGUCUUCCACGGUCACCGGGACUUCCGCUUCGACCCGGGCCUCCUGCGGCCGUCCUUCGUGGUCCACGACGUGAAGGAGGCGCUGGAGCUGGUGUUCCAGCGGGAGGGCCGGCCGCUGGAGUAGCCUGACAGGAGCAAACCCAGAAGGCCUCUGAUGUUUACCAGAGCAGAGAACCUGUCGCGACGAGCAGUUUUAGCCCCAAAAUAUAGAGAAGAAAAUUCGGUUUACUUCAUUCAAAGAGCAAUC